UAAGACACAACAAGACAAUAAAAGGUUCAGUUUUGAAAAAUUUAGCCUUUCAACACAACAUUUAUACGCAAUGAAGUUUAUUGCAAUUUUAGUCUUUGCAUUUGCUGCUGUCUGUCUUGCUCAAGAUGGUCCAUCGAAAAUUGAUAGCAACAACAUCGGAGACAUCGUUAAUGUAGGCGUUAAGGCUAGAGCACAUGUGAACAACCAAAUUGAUGCAACUUUGAUCAGCAUAUUAUUGAAGGCAUUGAAUAAACAAAUUAUUGGAAUCAAUGGACCAGGAAUUGAUGGAGACUUUACUUUACCAACUCUCCCACCAAAUUUGCCAACACGUCCACCAAUAGAAUUCCCCACACCACCACCAGCUAAAUAAAGACUUAAUUUUUUAUAAGGAAAUAAAAGAGAACAAAAAAAUUGUAAACCAACGACUUUUUCAUAUUUAAACUAAAUUUUUAAUGUUCAGAGCCUUAUAACAGUUUUUUAGCAUUCGUAUGGUUUUCAAACAUUAAAAGACUCAAAAGGAUUAGUUCAUAAUAAAUUUUAUUCGUUUCAUUCUUAGUGUAAAGUCCAAAAACAACGUCAAUCAUUGUGCAUAAAUUUAAUUAUGGGCAAUUCCAUGAAAUAGUUUCAUUGUUUUUACAUUUGAGUUUGAUCCA